AUAGCAAUAGCCUUCAAUUCCUACUUUAUUGACUCUGUCAGGGUACUGACACAGAACCCCUCCACUGGUUUCUUGGGCAAAGUGCUAGUGAAUGACGCUCAACCUGUCUUCAUCAUAAGGGAGGUUUCUGAGUCAAAGGUGGACAAGGUGAUUAGCUCACAAAAGAACUCUAAAGCCAAAGAUGUGUUUGGGAUGGACUCUACCUUUCUUAAAAACUACAAAGAGUCACUCAUUGGCCCCAUUACUAAGGUCACCAACACAUCUAUUGGUCUCGGGGUGUUUCCAAGGGUAUGGAAGUCGGCCAUAAUAACGACCAUGUUUAAAUCAGGCGACCCUGCUGACGUGAGUAACUACAGGCCCAUUAGUAUACUACCUGUGGUGUCAAAGGUUGUUGAAAAGUGUGUAGCAGACAAACUGAUUGCCCACCUCAACAACAGCCGCUUCACAUUACAUUCCAUGCAGUUUGGCUUCAGAGCGAAACACUCCACAGAAACGGCCAACUGCUUUCUUCUGGAAAAUGUGAAGUCCAAGAUCUACAAAGGGGGUGUUGUUGGGGCUGUGUUUCUGGACCUAAGGAAGGCUUUUGAUACAGUUAACCAUGAGAUUCUCAUCACAAAAUUGUCCAAGUUCAACUUUUCACCCGAUGCCUUGAGAUGGAUGAAAUCAUACCUUGAAGGCAGAACUCAGUGUGUCAGAGUGAGCAAUGAGCUGCCGCCCACUCUUAGCUAUGAUGUGGGCGUGCCCCAAGGGUCAAUACUGGGGCCCCUCCUGUUCAGCCUGUACAUUAAUGAUCUGCCUUCUGUCUGUACUGGGUCUGAAGUUCAAAUGUAUGCAGAUGAUACAGUGAUAUAUGUGCAUGCAAAGAGCAAACAACAAGCUGCACAAGAACUCACUACUGUAAUGGUCCAGGUUACAAAGUGGCUCAGUGACUCCUGUUUGCAUCUCAAUGUGAAAAAAACUGUUUGAAUGUUCUUCACAAAGAGGGCAACAGAUGCUACUGAGCCAGAUGUCUAUGUGUCAGGGGAGAAGCUCCAGGUGGUAUCUGAUUUUAAGUACCUUGGCAUCAUACUUGAUUCCAACCUCUCUUUUAAAAAGCAUGUGAAAAGGUAAUUCAAAUAACCAAAUUCAACCUAGCUAAUUUCUGAUUUAUACGAAUUUGUUUGACUACAGAGGUAGCAAAACUGUACUUCAAAUCUAUGAUACUCCCCCACUUAACAUACUGCUUGACUAGUUGGGCCCAAGCUUGCUGUACAACAGUAAGACCUAUUCAGUCUGUCUACAAACAGGCUCUCAAAGUGCUUGAUAGGAAGCCCAAUAGCCAUCAUCACUGUCACAUCCUCAGAAAGCAUGAGCUCCUGAGUUGGGAAAAUCUUGUGCAAUACACCGAUGCAUGUCUUGUAUUCAAGAUCCUAAAUGGCUUGGCUCCCCCUCCACUCAGUAUUUUUGUUAAACAGAAAACCCAAACAUAUGGCAGCAGAUCCACAAGGUCUGCCAUGAGAGGUGACUGUGUAGUUCCCCUAAGGAAAAGCACCUUUAGUAAAUCCGCUUUUUCUGUGAGAGCUUCCCAUGUCUGGAAUACACUACCAUCAGACACACAUAACUGCACCACAUAUCACACUUUCACAAAAUGCUUGAAGACAUGGCUAAAGGUCAAUCAGAUUUGUGAACAUGGUCCCUAGCUGUGUGUUGCCGCUUUCCAUGUCUGUUGUCUGUAACUUGUUAGGUGUGGAAACACUUUGUUGCUUUUAUGAAUUUUGUCUUGCUGCUUUUUGUUCUAUGUUGCUCUGUCUGUAUGCUACGUCUUGCUUGUCCUAUGUAGCUAUGUCUGUAUGCUACGUCUUGUUCUAUGUUGCUAUUGUCUAUAUUGUAAUUGUUUUUAAUAACCUGCCCAGGGACUGCGGUUGAAAAUUAGCCGGCUGGCUAAAACCGGCACUUUUACUGAAACGUUGAUUAAUGUGCACUGUCCCUGUAAAAAUAAACUCAAACUCAUAACUCAUAGUCUGGUCUAGCAUACAGCUUGCGCUAUCAGGGUCUGGGCUGGGUUUCUGUAAAGCACUUUAUGACAACAGUGACAUCAGCAUCCAUAAUGAUAUGUGUCUGUGUCCCCUCUUUAUGGUUACCAGGACAAUGCUAGCCCUUCCACCCUCCUGGAGUCCCCGUGUCGUGUCUCUCCCGGUAGCACCUUACUGCUGGGUAUGAAGAGGUUGUCUGUGCUGCUGGUGGACUGCAGGAAAACAACGGGGCUGAGUGGAACUGUGAGAGGAGGGGAAGAGAAGAAAGGAUCAGAUUUGACACAUCAAAGAGAAAAACAAAAUUCGGAGGAACCAGAGACAUCCAAACCAGCAAGCCGGCACCUUGGACAGCGUUUUACCAAGUUAGGAAGCCUGAAAAGACAUGGGAGGACACACACUGGAGAUAAGGCACACCAUUGCGCCCAGUGUGGACAUAGUUUUAACCAGUUAAGAAGCCUGAAAGCUCAUGAGCGAAUACACACAGGGGAGAAGCCUUACAAAUGCUCAGACUGUGGGAAGACAUGUUACUCUUCAUGGUCACUUAAAGUUCAUGUAAGAACCCACACAGGGGAGAAGCCUUACCACUGCUCCCUCUGUGCAAAGAGUUUUAUCCAUUCAGGACAUCUGAAAAAACACAUGAUACUGCACACAGGGGUGAAGCCUUACCAAUGCUCAGACUGUGGGAAGACAUAUUGCUCAUCAGAGUCACUUAAAAUUCAUGUGAGAACCCACACAGGGGAGAAGCCUUACCACUGCUCCCAGUGUGCAACGAGUUUUAUCCAGUUAGGACACCUGAAAGCCCAUGAGCGAAUACACACAGGGGAGAAGCCUUACAAAUGCUCAGACUGUGGGAAGACAUAUUACUUUCCAUCGUUACUUAAAGUUCAUGUAAGAACCCACACAGGGGAGAAGCCUUACCACUGCUCCCAGUGUGCAAAGAGUUUUAUCCAGUUAGGAAACCUGAAGGUUCAUGAGCGAAUACACACAGGGGAGAAGCUUUACCACUGCUCCCAUUGUGGAAGGAGUUUUAACCAGUCAGGAAACCUGAAGGUUCAUGAGCGAAUACACACAGGGGAGAAGCUUUACCACUGCUCCCAUUGUGGAAGGAGUUUUAGCCAGUCAGGAAGCCUGAAAACUCAUGAGCGAAUACACACAGGGGAGAACCCUUACCACUGCUCCCACUGUGCAAAGAGUUUUAUCCAUUUAGGACAUCUGAAAGAACACAUAAUACUGCACACAGGAGUGAAGCCUUACCAAUGCUCAGACUGUGGGAAGACAUAUUGCUCAUCACAGUCACUUAAACGUCAUGUGAGAAUCCACACAGGGGAGAAGCCUUACCACUGCUCCCAGUGUGCAAAGAGUUUUGUCCAGUUGGGACACCUGAAAGCCCAUGAGCGAAUACACACAGGGGAGAAGCCUGCUUCCACUGUGCAAAGAAUUUUACCAAAUUAUGAAGCCUGAAAAAACACAUGAGACUGCGCACAGGGGUGAAGCCUAACCAAUGCUCAGACUGUGGGAAGACAUAUUACUCAUCACGGUCACUUAAUCAUCAUGUGAGAAUCCACACAGCAGAGAAUAAAUACUUCUAGUGUGUAUAUUGAUAUUUCACUUCGCAUUGACUUAAAAUUAAUCAGAGAACAUACACAGUGUUCCCAUUGACUUAUAAUGUUGACUGAUAAUGUGUUUACUUGUUUAUACCGUAUGAAAUGUAAUUAUACAAAGAAUACUUACACAUAUAUUAUACGUUUUUAUUAGAAAACAUGAAUUGAAUAUGGAGUAUGUCAGUUUGAAUAUAAAGUAGAUCAGAUUCCAUGUGUUUAAAUGGUCCUUUUUAAACUCUGUGUGUGUUUAUCUGGGUGUGUCAUUCCUCCAGCACUACAGAUAAUACAGUGAUAUUUGGAUGUGAUGCAUUUGCUCCAUUGUUUACAUUUGCAUUGUUGGCCCACUGAUGAUUUAAUGAAAUUAAAAUGUUCACAGACUCUGUGAUGGAAAAUGUUAAUCGUAUGUGACUAUCCUUGUGAAACUGUCCUAUUAUAAUCUCCUGUUCUUGGGAGUAUCAUCCUGUGUUGCAAACCAGCUGCACCUGCGUCCUUGUAUGAAUAGAGUCCCUCCCAGGAACAGGAAACUAUAAAGAAAUGUGCUCAUCACCCAAUGCUUCAGGAAAUCAGACUGUCUACACUGCGCUGUGUAACUCUGUUAUUCUCUCUGAGCUCAGAAAUAAAGAAUCUUGGUUUGA